AUGCCGUGUUGUUCAGCCUCAAUCGUCUUUGUUUCUCGCCAAAAUGGCGACUCAAUAUGCGCAAUAAUAAUAAUAGUUUCCUUUGUUGUUGUAGACAAAGCUUAUCAGCCACUGUCUGUGUUUUUUUUUUUUAUAAUUAUCAAUCUUUAUUUUUCAUUACUUUUUUCUUUUCAUCAUUUCUUCUGUUGCUUCAGUAACUCUUCUUCUUCUUCUUCUUCUUCUUCUUCUUUUUCUUCUUCUUCUUCUUACUCCUCCUUCUCCUCUUCUUCCUAUUUCCAUCAUCUUUUUUACCUUGUUUCUUCUUCUUCUUCUUCUUCUUCUUCUUCUUUUUCUUCUUCUUCUUCUUCUUCUUUUUCUUUAUACCCUAUUCUUCUAUUUUUCUCUUCUAUUUCCGUAGAAAUAUAUUCAUAUUCCUUGUUCCUCCUACAACACUCUUUCGUUUCUCCUACUACUACUCUUUAUCUUUGUUUCAUCUUCUUCUUCUUCUUCUUCUUAUUAUUAUUAUUAUUAUUAUUAUUAUUAUUCAUCUUCUUCUUCUUCUUCUUCUUCUUCUUCUUCUUCUUCUUCUUCUUCUUCUUCUUCUUCUUCAGGUUCUUUUUUAGUUUCUUCUCUUACCUUAACCUUUUUCUUUAUUUUUCUCCUAUACCUUUGCCCUCAUCUUUCUUUUUUCUCUUCUAUUACUCUUCUAUCUAUCUAUUUAUUGAUAAGUUUGUUCAUAUCUAUCUAUCUAUCUAUCUAUCAUUAUCGAUGUUUGUUCAUAUCUAUCUAUCUAUCUAUCUAUCUAUCUAUCUAUCUAUCUAUCGAUGUUUGUUCAUAUCUAUCUAUCUAUCUAUCUAUCGAUGUUUGUUCAUAUCUAUCUAUCUAUCUAUCAUUAUCGAUGUUUGUUCAUAUCUAUCUAUCUAUCUCUAUCGAUGUUUGUUCAUAUCUAUCUAUCUAUCUAUCUAUCGAUGUUGUUCAUAUCUCUCUCUCUCGAUCUAUCUAUAUCAAUGUUUGUUCAUAUCUAUCUAUCUAUCUAUCUAUCUAUCUAUCUAUCUAUCUAUAUCAAUGUUUGUUCAUAUCUAUCUAUCUAUCUAUCUAUCUAUCUAUAUCAAUGUUUGUUCAUAUCUAUCUAUCUAUCUAUCUAUCUAUCUAUCAAUCUUUAUAUCAAUAUCUAUCUAUCUAUCUAUCUAUCUAUCUAUAUCAAUGUUUGUUCAUAUCUAUCUAUCUAUCUAUCUAUCUAUAUCAAUGUUUGUUCAUAUCUAUCUAUCUAUCUAUCUAUCUAUAUCAAUGUUUGUUCAUAUCUAUCUAUCUAUCUAUUUCUAUCGAUGUUUGUUCACAUCUAUCUAUCGAUCUAUCUAUCUCUGUCGAUGUUUGUUCAUAUCUAUCUAUCUAUCUAUCUAUCUCUGUCGAUGUUUGUUCAUAUCUAUCUAUCUAUCUAUCUAUCUAUCUAUCGAGAAGUUUUUUCAUAUCUAUCUAUCUAUCAGUUUGUUCAUAUUUAUCUAUCGAGAAGUUUUUUCAUAUCUAUCUAUCGAUAAGUUUUUUGUUCAUAUCUAUCUAUCUAUCUAUCUAUCUAUCUAUCUAUCUAUAAUUUGUUUAUAUCUAUCUAUCGAUAAAAUUGUUUCUGCCUGUCUGUCUGUCUAUCAAUCUAUCUAUCGAAAAGUUUGUUCGUAUCUAUCUAUCUAUCUAUCUAUCUAUCUAUCUAUCUAUCUAUCUAUCUAUCUAUCUAUCGAUAAAUUUUUGUUUCUAUCUAUCUAUCUAUCUAUCUAUCUAUCUAUCUAUCUAUCUCAGUCUGUUCAUAUCUAUCUGUCUUUCUGUGAUCAUCACCACCUAGUAAGAGAAAACCACUAUUCAUUGUAUUCUGUACUCUAUCUAAUCAUCUCUCUCUCAUUCAUUUUAACAAAAUUCUCUUUCUCUCUCUCUUUGACCCGUUUUUCCCAGACCGCCUCACUUGUGUCGCCAUUUCCUCCCUUUGAACAUAAUACAAAUCUCCCCUUCUUCUCUAAACUAUUUGUUCAUUUUUUGCCGUCGCUCAGUUUUCAGGGUUUUCUUUUCUGUUUUGAAUUAUUCAUUAGAACUUUCAUUCCCGACCAUCCUUUUUUAUAUUUGAAUUUUUUUGUUCACAUUUGUUUAAUGAAUAUUAGCAUUUCCGCCUUUCUUUCAAACGUGCUUUUUUCUUUCUUUCUUUCUUUCUUUCUUUCUUUCUUUUUCCCUUUCUUUCUUUUUUCUUUCUUUCAUUUUCUUUCUUUCCUCCAAACGUAUUUUCUUUUUUUUUCUUUCUUUUUUCCUUCAAACGUACUUUCUUUCUUUCUUUCUUUCUUUCUUUCUUUUUCCCUUCUUUCUUUCUUUUUUCUUUCUUUGAUUUUCUUUCUUUCCUCCAAACGUAUUUUCUUUUUUUUCUUUCUUUUUUCCUUCAAACGUACUUUCUUUCUUUCUUUCUUUCUUUCUUUCUUUCUUUCUUUCUUUCUUGCUUUCUUUCUUUCUUCCAUUCAAAUGGACUUUCUUGCUUUCUUACAAACGUGUUUUCUUUCUUUCUUUCUUUCUUUCAAACGUGCUUUCUUUCUUGCUUUCUUUCUUUCUUCCAUUCAAAUGUGCUUUCUUUCUUUCUUUCUUCCAUUCAAACCUGCUUUCUUUCAAACACUUUCUUUCUCUCACACUAUUUCUCUUCCUAUCUUUCUCUCUCUAUUUUUUAAUUCCUCUCGUACUCUCUUUCUCUUUUAUUUCUCCCUCUUUCUCUCUCACUUUACCUCGUUAUCUUUCUUUCUUUCUUUCUUUCUUUCUUUCUUUUUUUUCUUCGCUCAUUUUCCUUUUAAUCGCACUCUCUUUGCUUCACUCUUGCUCUCUUUUUAUUUAUCUUUCUUUCUCUCUCUUUCUCUCUCUCUCUCUCUUUUUUUCUGUUUUAUUUUUCCCUCUCUAUUUAUUUUUUUAUUCCGAGAACGAAUUCCAUUCCUAACGAGUUAA